CCAUAUACUGUACAUACCGGUACUACGAGCAUGUAAAGUUGUAUAUCAUGCCAAACUUUUGUGCUAUGUACAAAUGUGGAAAUAGGGCUUACAGAGACAAAAAGUCCCUUUUCCGUUUGCCAGCUAUUGUGACAAGAGAAGGAGAGGAAACUUUUGAACUCUCGAAGGAAAGGCGAGGAAAGUGGCUUGCACAGAUUUCUCGUGACAUCAAAGAUACAAGCUUGCCGUACAUACGUGUCUGUUCAGAUCAUUUCGUCAGCGGAAAGCCAGCAUAUCUGUAUGACAGGACCAAUCCAGAUUGGGUACCGAGUUUGAAGCUUGGCCAUAAUAAAGUUACACCUGAUAAAGUUGAACGUGAUUCUGGCAGGUACAAACGAGCACAAACCAGACAGACAAAGAAAGUUGAGAGCAAUGCAGCUCAAGCACUUCUUCUUCUUCAGUCUAGUGAUGAAGUGAACAACAGUAUUGAUGAAUGUCCUGGAACAGCAAGUCAGACAUCCCUCGAAGGUUCUACAAUUGAAAGUACCACAUCUGAAUUACAAAGACUACUGGAUGAAAACAGGAUGCUGAAAGCUGAAUUGUCAAAGAGCAUGUACGACCAGCAGUUCUUUGAGGGUGAAGAUGAAAGAGUUAAAUAUUAUACUGGACUUGUUAGUUUUUCUGUACUGCUUGUUUUGUUCAAGUACUUAGAGGCCUUCAUACCUACCGGCAUCACCCUCACUAAAUUCCAGCAUUUAAUACUGGUCCUGAUGAAGCUACGUCUUCGACUGUCAGUCAUUGAUAUUGGACAUCGAUUUGGUGUAACAAAAACUACUGUGUCAAGAAUAUUCCUCACGAUGAUAGAUAUCAUGUAUAUACGACUAAAACCUCUCAUUGUUUGGCCGGAAAGAGAACACUUACGUGAAACAAUGCCCUUGAGUUUCAUAACUCACUUUGGAAAAACAGUUACAGUCAUUGUAGAUUGUUUUGAGAUUUUUUUGGAAAGACCGUCAAAUUUAGGAGCACGUGCCUCUACUUGGUCAUCAUAUAAACAUAACAAUACGGUGAAGUACAUGAUUGGUAUCACACCUCAAGGUCUUAUUUCUUACAUUUCUAAAGGAUGGGGUGGAAGAGUUAGUGACAAAUACCUAACUGAACAUUCUGACUUUUUACGCAAACUAGACCCGGGAGAUGUUGUAUUAGCAGAUAGGGGAUUCAACAUUGACGAUAGUGUGGCAUUAACUGGAGCUAAGGUAAUUUACCCAGCAUUCACGAAGGGUAAAAAACAGCUGAGUGCAAUUGAUGUUGAGCAAACAAGACGAAUUGCCAAUGUACGCAUACACGUUGAGCGUGUUAUUGGAUCACUACGCCAAAAGUAUGCAAUUCUUUCUACCACAAUACCCAUUGACUACGUUAUUUGUUCAAAUGCAAAUGGACAAAAAGUAACUUUGGACAAAAUUGUAGUUGUUUGUUGUGCACUUAUAAACAUGUGUCCAUCUGUUGUGUCAUUCAAUUAAACAGGUCUUUCAACAUGCCCCCUUGAACUGAGAUGAUGGUUCAAUUUAUUUUAUAGUGAUCAUUUGUUCAGUUUUUUUUGUGGCUUUAUAAUGAAGGUCUUACAUCUUUUAUUUGAUUCCUGCUUUUCUGGCCAGGCAAGUGGAAUCAAUGUUUUAUUGUCCUGGAUUUUGAUUGAAACCACUCACCUUUGAAAAUUGUAAACAUUAUGAACAAAUACAAAUGUUUAGUGGCAUGUUUACUCAACAGAUGCCCAUGGAUAUUUGUUUUCUCACUAUUUGUAUUACCAAUUUAUUCUGUAAACUUGUGAACACAUGCUCCUGCUUGAUAUAUCUGAAGUCUUACAAGAGGUUGGACACUUUCAACUACAUGUACAUUGUAAACUCCUUUUUUAUGUGUAAGUGUAACAUUUUUUGUUAUUUAAUUUUUUUAAUUGUUUGGGCUGAUCCAUCAGCAACAUGUUAAGAUCACAUCAGAUUCUAGUCUUAUCUAAAUGGGCAUCUCCGUGGUAAGACUAUUUAAUACCACCAUAUUUAUUCUCAUUCACCAACAGAGUAAUGUACUAAUUGAUACAUACAAAGAUAUUAGUAGUACUGUUGCUGCUGUUUUGAGAUUACACUGAACAUAAGUGGACAAGUACUGAAAAUUAUUCAAGUGCUUCAAAUAUGUGUGUUAUCUUUGUAAUCAAACAAAGUAUACAUGUACAAUUGUACUGUACAUGUAAUAAAAACGGCAAUUAAAUUUGUUAAUCAUAAUGUAUGUUCUCAUAGAGUACUGUGCAAUAUUAAUUUUAUUUUUUAAUCAACUUUAUUGAUGUUAUUUUAUAAUGAUAUUUAAAGUGCAUAUUGUUAUUUUAUAUUGAUAUUAAUGCUUUUGAAACCUGUGUGUAAUUAUUUAUAAAUGGUCAUGACAUGUUAUCUGUUUAAAUUAUUUCUUAUAUUUUUUGUACAGCUGUAUUUUAUUUAUAAACUCACAUUGUUAGUCUUCAGACUUUUUGAUGAGUACAUAUUUAAUAAAAACCAAAUUGAAUUUGAAUUAGAAUU